GAGCUCCGAUGAUCUCCGCAGGCGUCAGGCCUUUUACACUUCCGUGGACAUGGCACAGAUUGGUAAAGUCCUGGUCUCGGCGGGCCUCUUCCAAGGCGGCUUCUGCAACGGUGCGAACGAUCCUGAGAGAACUUUGGCACUCUUGGUCUUGACGGCCAUCCACGACAUCAUGAAGGUGAACAGCUUGCUCCCGGUGGUCACGGAAGAGAGUGGGCCUUUCGAGAAGCACAAGGUUGGCGAAGUGAUCUACAACCACGAUACGGCGCUCGGGUACGUGCUGCAAUGGAUGCCCUCGGUGCUCCCCUCCUAUGCGGGACUCCCCGAGGCACAGCGUGAAUCUGUGAAGUUUACACAAUUCGACAUGGAGUUCAAUCUCGGAUGGCUGGUUCAAGCCGAG